AUGGUCAACUCAGCACGGAAGAACAUCAUGUCGCGGCGCAACCACAAGGAGCGUGCCCAGCCCCUGCACCGCGCGAAGCUCGGCAUCCUCGAGAAGCAUAAGGACUAUGUCCACCGCGCGCGUGAUUACAACUCGAAGAAGAUGCGCAUCAAAAAGCUCCGCGAGAAGGCCGCGUUCCGCAACAAGGAUGAGUUCUACUUUGGAAUGGUCAAGGGCCGGACCGAACGCGGUGUGCACAUCCAGGACCGCGGGAACGAGGCGCUCUCCGUCGAUGUGGUCAAACUCCUCAAGACGCAGGAUAUGGGUUACAUCAAGAUGCAAAUCACUCAGGAUGAGAAGAAAAUCUCCAGGCUCCGUGGCCAGCUCGAGGUGACUGCGUCCGCGGGCGGGUCGGAGGAGUGGGCCGCGGCGCAGGAACUCGCCGAGGUCGAGAAGCUCGCAGAGAUGGGCGUGGUGCUCGACCCCAGUGCGGCGACCAAGCCGAAGAGCAAGGGAAAGAGCAAGGCGCGCGACGUGCCAUCCGCCGGCCACAUCAUGUUCGCCCAGGACAGGACAGAGUUCGAGGGAUACGGUGCGGAUGGCGAGCAGACUACGCAGGCUGCAACGGAAGAGGAGGCCGUUGAUCUUGGGUGGCUUGAGCCGGAAACGGCCAAGAAAUACAAGUCGACGAAUGAGACCCCAGUGAAGGCCGUUGAGGAGGUGACUGAAGAGGAUGUUAGGAUACACCGCCUCGAGAUGCUCGCCGAGCUGUCUGCGCUUUUGGGCCGCGUGCGGACACUGCGUGACGUCGAGACCCGGAUCGCGAAACAGAAGGGGCUCAUGGGCAAGGGCUCGGCGCGACGCGUCCGGGAAGCGGGCUACGUCGAGGACGCGAAUGCGCAGGAGGACCGAAAUGGCGACCGUAAGAAGUGGCAGGAGAAGAUGUGGAAGUGGAAGCUCGAGAGGAAGAAGUAA